AUGCCGGCCAGACCACGCUUAAUCGACCUAAACAAUCGAAUCGCCGAACUCACCGCCCAGCUAAGACUUGUCACAAAAGAACUAUACUUCCCCAUCCAAGUCCGCGGCGUGUACAUCUCCCCCAACAGAGACACAUCCGAAGGCAUCAUCUCCAUGACGGUUGAGCGGCUAGCACUAUCGAAAGACGGAGAGCUCCAACCUGUACCCCCCCUCUACGCGAUACGCCUGUCGAACCCGGCGUUCGAAGGAUACAAACCAGAAGACAUGGUGAACAUGCACGGAAGGGUGGGUGUGCGGCUGCCUGGUGUGUUUGUUGCGCCGGAAGAGGUGGAGACGCCGAUUGUGAUAACUUGGACACCAUUUGCGGUGGGGAUGAAGAAGACGGUGGUGAGGGUUGAGGAUCAGACGGAUGAGGAUCGUGUGAGAUGA